AUGAUUCCGCUCAGCGAGCCACCUCAUGGCCCUCCGGGUCCUUAUCAUCCGAAUGCGCAUCUGAUGCAACAUCCUCAGAUGCCCUAUCAUCAUGAACAGGUAGCAAAAACUUCUAAAAACAACAUUCAAACACAAAAUCCGUGCAAUUUCCAGGUCCCAACGACAUCGCAUCCUUCCUGGCAACAAGGUCUUCCGACGCCUCCCUAUCACCCCCCACACCAGCAAAUGGGACCUCACACCGUCAACUAUCCGAUGCCACAACAACAACCGUAUCCCCAACAACAACAUCAUCCGCCGAUCCCUCCACAGGCACUCGUUCAACAGCAGCAACAACAGCAACAACAACAACAACAACAACAGCAUCAGAUGCCAGCGUAUCCACAGCAAAGGUUUGUUCUCUCUUUCUUUCUGUGAAUCCGUUUCGAGACCCACCCUCGAAGAUGCCUAUCUGAGUGUCGCCACACAUCAUAUUGAUUGGUUGCCGCGCCCCGAAACUUGAAAGAUUGGGGGGAGAAACGGAAAUGGGAGGGGAAAGGAAAGGGGCUAACGAGCGAUUCUUGAUGGGAGGUCGGAACAGGAAAAACGACUGCGCUCGCGUUCGUUUCAAUGCCAACGGUCUUCCGAAAACAACACACUUUCGAAUGUUGAUCAUCUCUUGUCCUUUCCAGAACGCCUCACUACUCUUCUCCGUCGCCGACGUGCGUACCAUCUGCUCCAGCACAAAAUCAGAAGCAUCGGACCGAGCAAUGGCUGAACAACGAGUGGUCGUACGCCCAAUCGUCCGCUCCGACCGUCGUUCCGUCAGUUAUCAGCUACAAUCAAUGCGACGAUCGGAUGUCGAUGCUCAGUGUGAACACGACGAUGACGAAUCAGUUCCCGGACGCGCAGAGGUGCUAUUCGUCCAACGGAUCCACGUGCGAGAAUGUAAAUCCAGAGCUGACGCAGCCGGCGAGCGUUGCUCAGAUGGCCGAAGAAGCGUUGAGAGUGUGGUUUAGUGUCCCGGAUCCAGGGCAGAAGUAUCGAAUGACCAGAGUAAUACGGAAAUGGGUUAAGGAGACGAAGCUCGAGCACAUUAAUCCUAAUAUCAUGCCGGUAAGUGAACUGUCAUGAUUUGAAAACGCAGUUAUUCAUUCUUUCAGAGGUUGAUCCAACAGCUUCUGGAUAUUAUUCAUGACGGGAUGAAGCUGGUUCACGCACCCGCUCCUUCGCACAUUCAGCAGUACCACGCCGUUCUCUACUAUCACCUUCUCGACGUCUUCUUCUACCUCACCUGCCUGCCCGCCACCGUUCCCUACAUUCAUCAGAUCGUUGCUCAAUUCGCUCCGAAAGAACAAGGACCAACUGACUUUCGCGAUUUGUUUGCCUUCUUUCUGCGAGCCAGCUUUCAAAGUCAGGCGGAUCUGAAGCAUGCAUCAGACGCCGCGUUCAAAUCGCUCAGCACAAUUUUCAAAGUGCUCAACACUGCGGACAAGGAGAAAGCGCGGCUGCGAGGAGAACUGGCAAAGAAUCUGAAGUUCGUGCAGUUGUUCCACUCACUCACAGAAUACUUCUUUCCGCACGUGCCCAUUCAUCUAAUUCACACGGAUGUCUUCGUCGUUUUGCGGUUUCUCGUCAGCAAUGACCCGAUUCUCAGGAACUUUCUGAUUUGGAACAAUACGACAGUCGAAGCGAACAAGGAAAUGCCGCCGCUUCCUCCGAACAGUGUGCUCGUCAACUUGAACAGAGUUCUUCUGCAAUCACACGAAGCUGUACUAUCAGAAGCGGGCCAAAAUGAGCAAUUGUAAGUCACCUAACUAAUCCCAUUAUUUAUAAUUGUUUCAUGUUUUCAGUAGGCGCCACAUCGUCGCAAUCGUCGUGGGUUUGUUCGAAUUCCUGUUCAUUCUGCUCAAGGAUCCGCUCGCCGUGAAAGCGUUCGUCGCGUCGCAAGGCGUCAGUGGCAUCUGCACGGUGCUCCAGAUGCAGAAUCCCAGCGUUUCCCGCUUUGCCUUCAAAGUUCUGAGUCAGGUCUCUGAUUCGCCGAAUCUCAAGACGUUGAAUGAUCUCAAUCGAAUACUGCCAUUCGUAAGUUCUUUAAUUUCCUAAUUUCAGUGCUCACACGUCUUUCUUUCAGCUGAUAAACUUCGUUAGUAACACGCAAGACAGCGAAGUCGUCAACGACGGAACAGGGUUUCUCUCGAACGUGGUGGCCGAUAAUCAGGCCGUCAAAGAGCUCGCCAUUUCCAACGACGCCAUCAAUGUGCUUCACAAGAUCGCCAGUCAGGUUCCACGACUCGCCGAGAUUUCGAUGGAGAAACAGAGGAAGCUGGCCAUUGAUAUACUCUGCAACUGUCUCCGAGCGCUCAUAAACUUUCUGAUGCUCUGGUUUCCGAGUGCAAGGAAUCCGACGCCACGGAUGCCGGGCGAGAAGGAAGUGCAGCAGGUGUGCAGGUUCAUGGAAGUUGGCAUACUGCGCAAAUUGAUGAACUACUUGUCGGACGAGAAUAUCAGAACUACGGGCAUCAUGGAGCUUCGGAGCAUGAUCCUGAGGUUCUUCAAUGUGCUGCUCAGAAUGCCGUUCGUUCCGAAGGCAGGAUUGCUCAACGAGAUUGACGAGGUUCGGAAACAGAAUCUUGUCGCGCACAUUUGUGCAGCCUACACGUGGGCUAGUCGACAGCUUCCGAAUCCGAACGACAAAAGCGACAGGGUGGAGAAGUCGAGGCAGCAAUUGUUGGAACGAGCGAUCGUGCUCCUGCUGACUCUGAUAGAACAAUGCGAAGCGAAGUCGGACGUGGGGCUCUAUAUGGUCGAGUGUCCGCUGAAUCUGUUGAACGGUGAGAACGUGAAGCAGACACUAAUGUGCAACGUGCUCAUGAUUUGCGACAAAAUUCUGGAGGUGAAUCCGGAUAAAGCGGAAUGUUGGAACAUCGACGGCGCAAUGUUGGAAGGACUCACCAACCACAAAAGUCCAGAAAUCGGUAAGGCUAUUUUUUUGAACUUAAACCACACUGAAUCAGCUCCAUUUGUAGCAAGGACGGCCAGUUCGUUGAUCAGCAAACUGCCGACGGAAAGCAACAUGCUCGCCGGAAUGCUCGCCAACGGACCAUUCAUCUGA